ACGCACAAUACUAACUUACUAUCAUACCCAAAUAUUGCAUGGUGUUUAAUAUUCUCGAUGUAAUCGAAGUAAAUAUCGUGAGUUAUUCGUUUCAUUUUACGGGAGAAAAAAAAUUUUCUCCUAACAGUGUCACAAUGCUACAAUCGUUAAUCUAAACAAACUAUAAAGAAAGGGGAACAAAGAUGAUGUUUUGCUGUUUGAGAAAUUGUUUUGACGGCCUUGGCUUUGCCGCAACUCAAACACCGAAAAGAGAACCAAAUCCUAUAUCUUUAGACACGUCUUAUAUGGGACAUGAAGUUGUGAUAGUAAAAAAUGGUCUAAGAGUAUGUGGUCGUGGUGGUGCCUUAACAAAUGCUCCUCUUGUCCAAAACAAAAGUUAUUUUGAAGUAAAAAUACAACAAGGUGGUAUAUGGGCUAUUGGAUUAGCUACAAGAUCCACAGAUCUCAAUAUUACUAUUGGAGGAAAUGACAAAGAAAGUUGGGCUCUUAAUUAUGAUUCUAUUAUAAGGCAUAAUCAACAGGAAAUACAUAAGAUUCAAAGUUCAGUUCAAGAAGGAGAUAUUAUAAGCGUAUCUUAUGAUCACAUAGAACUUAAUUUCUAUUUAAAUGGAAAACCAAUAGGUGCUCCUGUAAUGGGCAUAAAAGGAACUGUUUAUCCAGUACUUUAUGUGGAUGAUGGGGCCAUUCUAGACUUAAUUUUGGAUAAUUUUAUUCAUCCUCCACCUACAGGUUUUGAAAAAAUCAUGUUGGAGCAAUCAUUACUCUAGCAAAAAAUAUUAUUACAUAAGUAAUCUUUUUAUUUCUUGACACUGAAAGCAUUUUAUGUCCAUCCUAUAUUUCUCUAACAUAAAAUAUGAAAUCAAAAAUUGUUCUAAUUUAGAAAGAAAUUCGUAAAACAUAAUUUUAUGAAUAAAAAAUAUUUCUCUUAAUAA